AUGAGCAACUACAGUGUGUCCCUGGUGGGCCCAGCUCCCUGGGGCUUCCGGCUGCAAGGUGGCAAGGAUUUCAACAUGCCUUUGACCAUCUCCAGUCUAAAAGAUGGUGGCAAAGCAUCCCAGGCAAACGUAAGAAUAGGCGACGUGGUUCUCAGCAUUGAUGGAAUAAGUGCCCAUGGCAUGACUCAUCUGGAAGCCCAGAACAAGAUUAAGGGUUGUACAGGCUCUUUGAAUAUGACUCUGCAAAGAGCAUCUGCUGCACCCAAGCUUGAGCCAGUUCCUGUUGAAAAGGGAGAGCCUAAAGAAGUAGUCAAACCUGUGCCCAUUCCAUCUCCUGCUGUGUCCAAAGUCACUUCCACAACCAACACGGCCUACAAUAAGGCCCCGCGGCCCUUUGGUUCCGUGUCUUCACCAAAAGUCACAUCCAUCCCAUCACCAUCGUCUGCCUUCACCCCAGCCCACGCGACCACUUCAUCACAUGCUUCCUCUCCACCCGUGGCCGCUGUCACCUCUCCCCCAUUCACUGCAUCUGGACCGCAUGCUAACACCAGCCUUAGUGCUGACCAGCGGUCACCCGCUCUGAGCGCUGGUAAACCUGCAGUUAAUGUCCCACGGCAGCCCACAGUCAGCAGCGUGUGUGCCGAGACUGCCCAGGAGCUAGCGGAGGGACAGCGAAGAGGAUCCCAGGGUGACAGUAAACAGCAAAAUGGCCCACCAAGAAAACACAUUAUGGAUCGUAAUACUGAGUUUUAUCACAUACCUACUCACAGCGAUGCCAGCAAGAAGAGACUGAUUGAGGAUACUGAAGACUGGCGUCCGAGAACUGGAACGACUCAGUCUCGUUCUUUCCGAAUCCUUGCCCAGAUCACUGGAACUGAACAUCUGAAAGAGUCUGAAGCUGAUAAUACAAAGAAGGCAAACAAUGCCCAGGAGCCUUCUCAGCAGUCUGCCCCAUCAGCAGCUGCAGCUUGGAGCUCCCCCGAGAGGCCGGGAAGCCCAGGCUUGACCAGACCAGGGGUGGCCGGGCUCACCACUGCUGCUGCCUUCAAGCCUCUGGGGUCCAGUGGGAUCAAGUCACCAAGCUGGCAACGGCCCAGCCAAGCAGCACCUUCCGCUGGAAGAGUCGUAAGCAGUGGACCAUCCACAGGAGUCGUGGCACCAGCCAACUCAGCCAGAGGGCAGCCUCAGCCCAGUGAUGAGGACACUUUGGUGCAAAGGGCCGAGCAUAUUCCCGCAGGGAAACGAACUCCAAUGUGUGCCCACUGCAACCAGGUUAUCAGGGGACCAUUCCUAGUGGCAUUGGGGAAAUCUUGGCACCCAGAAGAGUUUAACUGUGCUCACUGCAGAAAUACGAUGGCCUACAUUGGAUUUGUAGAGGAGCAGGGAGCCCUGUAUUGUGAGCUCUGCUAUGAGAAAUUCUUUGCUCCAGAAUGUGGUCGAUGCCAAAGGAAGAUCCUUGGAGAGGUCAUCAAUGCUUUGAAACAAACUUGGCAUGUUUCCUGUUUUGUGUGUGUGGCCUGUGGAAAGCCUAUUCGUAAUAAUGUUUUUCACUUGGAGGAUGGUGAGCCCUACUGUGAGACUGAUUAUUAUGCCCUCUUUGGUACUAUAUGCCGUGGAUGUGAAUUUCCCAUAGAAGCUGGCGACAUGUUCCUGGAAGCUCUGGGCUAUACCUGGCAUGACACUUGUUUUGUAUGCUCAGUAUGUUGUGAAAGUUUGGAAGGUCAGACCUUUUUCUCUAAGAAGGACAAGCCACUUUGCAAGAAACAUGCUCAUUCUGUGAAUUUUUAA